CCAACACACCCUCCUCUCCAUACAAAUGAGAAAGAGAAACAUAAAAACAAAAGGUGGUAGAUGCAUGAGCCACAAACUUAAUACAUAAUCUCUUCUUUCUCUCUCUAUCUCCUCUCUUUUUUACUCACCACCUUUCCUUCCUAAAUUCCUAAAUCCCUUUGCACUUUGCUCACCAACCACCUUUUGCGAUUCCCUCCGCUUCCACGCUCCCUCAGCUGCCGCCUUCCCUGCCUCUUCAGUGUUAUUCCUUUUGUGAUCCAGGGAGCUAUGUGAUACAUGAAAGAAGUUGAAAAGUAGGCCAUUGUACAUUAAUUGGAAAUUUGAGUCAAAAUAUGGUGAGCUUACGAAGGCGCAAGCUUUUGGGGCUAUGCUCUGGGAGAAGUUCAUUCAUAGCUCCACUUCCUAGGGUUUUCAAUGGAACUGCUCCUGCAAAUCCUACCCAGACCAACAAUCCUGUCAGAGUGCAUCCAGUACCUUCAGAUGAUGUAAACCAGCCAAUGGGGAAUAAAGUACGAUCUGGAUCAUCAAAUGAAACUGGUUCAAGCUCAUCCAAAGAGCAGCCCAUUCAACCAGUUGCAGGGCCACCAAUAAAACGCAGAAAGCGACACAGGAGAAAGCUUUUUCAAAACCAAGAACCAUGUCUGAUGAGAGGUGUCUAUUACAAGAAUAUGAAAUGGCAGGCAGCAAUUAAAGUUGAUAAGAAACAAAUUCACCUUGGAACUGUUGGUUCACAAGAAGAGGCUGCCCGUUUGUAUGACAGGGCUGCUUUCAUGUGUGGGAGGGAACCCAAUUUCGAGCUUUCUGAGGAGGAGAAGCAAGAACUCAGGAAAUUCAAGUGGGAAGAAUUCUUGGCAAUAACUCGUCAUGCGAUUACUAGUAAAAAACAUAAGCGAAGGCUUGGGACGGGGUCGCAGAGGAGGUCGGAGUCUCCAAUGAAUAACAGUGAAUGGGAUGGCAAGAAAGAGGCCAAUGACCUUUCAGCUUCAGAAGAUGUGGAGCCAGACACAUCAGCCUCUUGAAAAUUAUGAACAAGGAUGAAAUCAUAUUCCAGUUCUAACAGUGAAGUUGUAGCCGAUAGGGCUCCAUUUUUGGUUCACAAGUAUUAGGUUAAUAAUGGUAGAUUUCAUUGUCUCCUCAGAAGCAAUUCCUUAUGACUUCUGCACUAUAAAUAGUUACAUACUGGAUGUAGAUUAGUUAUAAAUUACCAUUAUAUUUAAGCCA